AUCGCCAUGUGUCUCCCGCAGCGGAGGAAGAGAGUCUCAGCGAGAGAAGAGCUCUGCGAGAAAGUCAAGAGACUCCGCGCUCACCAUCCGCGGAAAGGAAGGAGAAACGCUGCCGAGGGAUCUGUCCCGCCACCGAUUCCCCGGUCCGUAGAUCGUCGUGUCGAUCCGUAAGACAGGGCCGAGGCGCGGAGAUCAGGGAAGCCUCCUCCAAGGACUCGCUGUCGUCGGAGAAUCGCGCAUUAUGGGAAACGCAGCGACUGCCAAGAAAGGCAAUGAACUGGAGAGCGAGACUUUUGUGAAAGAGUUUCUAGCCAAAGCCAAAGAAGAUUUCUUGAGAAAAUGGGAAUCACCACCACAGAGCACAACUGGUUUAGAUGACUUCGACAAACUGAAGACGUUGGGCACGGGCUCUUUUGGGAGAGUCAUGCUGGUUAAACACAAGGCUACAGAUCAGUUCUAUGCCAUGAAGGUUCUGGACAAACAAAAGGUGGUGAAGUUGAAACAAGUGGAGCAUACGCUAAAUGAGAAGAGAAUAUUACAAGCAGUAUCUUUCCCGUUCCUCGUCAGAUUGGAAUAUGCCUUCAAGGACAACUCUAAUUUGUAUAUGGUGAUGGAGUAUGUACCAGGAGGGGAGAUGUUCUCACAUCUUAGAAGAAUCGGGAGGUUUAGUGAACCGCAUGCGCGGUUUUAUGCUGCUCAGAUUGUCCUGACUUUCGAGUACCUCCACUCACUAGACCUCAUCUACAGAGACCUGAAACCUGAAAACCUACUCAUUGACCAGCAUGGAUAUAUACAGGUAACAGACUUUGGUUUUGCAAAAAGAGUAAAAGGCAGAACUUGGACUUUAUGUGGAACUCCAGAGUACUUGGCACCAGAGAUCAUCCUCAGCAAGGGAUACAACAAGGCUGUGGACUGGUGGGCCCUUGGUGUUCUCAUAUAUGAGAUGGCAGCUGGAUAUCCCCCAUUUUUUGCAGACCAGCCUAUUCAGAUCUAUGAGAAAAUUGUGUCUGGAAAGGUACGAUUCCCCUCGCACUUCAGUUCGGAUCUGAAAGAUCUUUUGAGGAAUCUGCUGCAGGUGGACCUGACCAAGCGAUACGGCAACCUGAGGAAUGGUGUCAAUGAUAUCAAAAACCACAAAUGGUUUGCCACAACGGAUUGGAUAGCCAUCUAUGAGAGAAAGGUGGAGGCGCCGUUCAUACCAAAGUGCCGAGGUCCUGGAGACACAAGCAACUUUGAUGACUAUGAAGAGGAAGACAUUCGUGUAUCUGUUACAGAAAAAUGCUCAAAGGAGUUCUCCGAGUUUUAGUUACGGACACAUCAAAGCUAGACAUACAUGCAUAUAUACAUAUAUUUACUUAUCUAUAUAUGUAUAUAUGUGUGUGUGUGUGUGUGUGUGCAUCACACAACACAUCAAAUAAGGGUAUCUUUGCACUCUAAAGACAUGGGAUGAGCAGAGAGCACAUCACCGUCAGAGUUCUUGUGUACUUCCUUCAUUCCAUUGGGCUUUAGAGGUCACCGGGGUUCUCAUGCUCUUAACCAUCAUGCACUGCUCCAUCAGUUCACUCUCUUCCUGUUCCGCUUUCACUUUGUCAAAUGACCUGUGUUCCCCAUUUAAAAGCUUAUUUUUUGACAGAUGUUUAAGUAUGGAAUUACAAAUAUGGACUUGGGGGGGCAUUGUUACUCCAUUUUUUGUUGUUGUUUGUUCAUGGCGGCGUCAUACAGUGUUGUUAUUUGAAAGGUAGCCGUUGCCUGUACCUAUUGGCAUUUUUUGGUGUUACACAUCCAUGUCCUUUUUAUUUCCUUUUCACCUUUAGACCAAAACAACUGACAACUUUUUCAGG